AUGGUUUCACACAUGGUGCACCAACCUUGUAAUCUCCCUCAUGCUUCCACAAACAAAGUAAGCACAAUUCAUCAUCGUACAAACCACUACCUUAUCCCUAUUCAUUUUAUGUCUGAAAACCCAAAGCCUUCAAAGGACCCACAUGGAAGAAGAUUAACCAAACCCCUUGCACUUACAGCCACAGAAACACAACAAAAACAACCCAACAUUCAACCACUCAUUGAUCUCUUAAAAUCCUGCGAACAAAACGGGUCUCUGAAACAAGCGAAUUGCAUUCAUGGGCAUGUUUUAAAAUCUGGUUUUGGUGACAGAGACAACUUGGUGUUUUUGAAUCAUGUAGUUCAUGCUUACUCAAAAUGCAAGGAUUAUGAUUCUGCUCGUAAGGUGUUUGAUGGUAUGUCUGAAAGAAAUGUGUUUUCUUGGACUGUCAUGAUUGUUGCUUCAAACGAACAUGGUUACUAUCGUUACGCGUUGGAGCUUUUUUGUAUGAUGUUGGAACAGGGUUUGUUGCUUGAUGGGUUUGCUUUCUCUGCUGUUUUGCAGUCUUGUGUUGGGUUAGAUUCUGUUGUGUUUGGUGAGAUGGUUCAUGCCCAAGUUGUUGUUAGGGGUUUUCUUAUGCAUGCUGUUGUUGGGACAUCUCUUCUUAACUUGUAUGCGAAGUUAGGAAUGUGUGAGUGUUCUGUUAACGUGUUUAACAACAUGACAGAUGUAAACGAUGUUUCUUGGAAUGCAAUGAUUUCUGGGUUUACCUCAAAUGGUUUAUACUUACAAGCAUUUGAUUUUCUCAUCAACAUGAUUGAAAAUGGGGUGUCGCCUAAUAAAACCACCUUUUUAUGUAUAUCCAAGGCAGUUGGGCUUUUAGGUGACAUUAACAGGUGUCAUGAAGUUCACAGGUAUGCUUAUGAAUGGGGAUUGGAUAGCAAUACUUCAGUUGGAACAGCUCUUAUUAAUAUGUACUCUAAGUGCGGGGUUCUGUGUGAUGCGCGAGUUCUUUUUGACUCGAAGUUCGCGAAUUGUCUGGUUAACGCACCUUGGAAUGCAAUGAUCACGGGUUAUUCACAAGCUGGUUGUCACCUUGAAGCUUUGGAAAUGUUCACAAGAAUGUGCCAAAAUGAUGUCAAACCAGAUCUUUACACAUUUUGUUGUGUGUUCAACUCAAUUGCUGGUUUGAAGUGUUUGAAAUCCUUAAAGGAGGCGCAUGGGGUGGCUCUAAAAUGUGGAUUCGAUGCGAUGGAAAUUAGUGUAUUGAAUGCCCUUGCCGAUGCAUAUGUCAAAUGUGAGUCUCUUGAAGCUGGAGAGAAGGUAUUCUAUAAAAUGGAAAAGAAAGAUAUAGUAUCUUGGACAACCAUGGUGACUGCAUAUUGUCAAUGUUCUGAGUGGGGGAAAGCCUUGGCUAUCUUCUCACAGAUGUGCAACGAAGGCUUUGCACCGAAUCAUUUUACUUUUUCUAGUGUGAUUACAGCAUGCGGUGGUCUUUGUUUACUAGAAUAUGGCCAACAAAUUCACGGUCUGAUAUGCAAGGCUAGCUUGGAUGCUGAGUCAUGCAUUGAAAGUGCUCUAAUUGACAUGUACUCUAAAUGCGGCAAUCUAACAGAGGCAAAGAAUAUAUUUGAAAGGAUAUCUAACCCUGAUACUGUUACUUGGACUGCAAUUAUAUCCACUUAUGCUCAACACGGUCUUGUUGAAGAUGCCCUUCAACUCUUCAGAAAGAUGGAACAGUCAGCUGUGAAAGCCAACGCUGUUACAUUGUUAUGUAUCCUUUUCGCCUGUAGCCAUGGAGGAAUGGUGGAGGAUGGUCUGGAAAUUUUUAAUCAAAUGGAGGGCACCUAUGGUGUGGUACCAGAAAUGGAACAUUAUGCUUGUGUUGUCGAUCUGUUAGGCCGCGUUGGCCGCUUGGAUGAAGCAGUUGCAUUUAUCGAUAAAAUGCCGAUUGAGCCGGAUGAGAUGGUUUGGCAGACUUUGUUAGGAGCAUGUAGGAUUCAUGGAAAUGCUGAAUUAGGGGAGACUGCUGCUCAAAAGAUUCUAUCGACUCAACCAGAACCAGAACAUUCUUCUACCUACGUUCUUUUGUCCAACACUUACAUUGAAUCAGGGUUACUUGAAGACGGAAUUGGUUUGAGAGAUGUCAUGAAAGAACGAGGCAUUAGAAAGGAACCAGGGUAUAGUUGGAUUUCUGUGAGAGGUGAGGUUCAUAAGUUUUAUGCUAGAGAUCAACAGCAUCCCCAGAAAGAUAAAAUCUACACAAUGUUAGAAGAGUUGACUAGGCGUAUUAAGCACAUGCAUUGUGAACCUGAGUUUAGUUUAAUAUUCUAA